AUGACAUCGCUAAAGUCACUACACCGAAAAAUAUCCGUGGUAUAUACAGUAAAAAAACAAUCACGUCCUCGUUUCCCGAAGAUGACUAAUGGAAUCAUUUUACCACCAAAUAAAUGGGUGUUACAUGAUCCUUUUUUGAUUUGUACCGAAGAUUGGUUUCAUUAUCCAGGAGGUUUCGAUUUUCAUCCGCAUCGCGGGUUUGAGAUCAUUACACUAGUUUUCGACGGGUUAUUGAGGCACCAGGAUUCUAAGGGAAAUUGUGGCGUGAUUGGUCCAAGUCGCGGUCUAUUACACAGAGAAGUCCCAGCAAACAAGGAAACUCAAAUCCAUUUAAUGCAAUUAUGGCUCAACUUGCCCAAAUCUAACAAGUUUGACGAAGCAACCUAUCAAGACUUGUCCAGUGACAAAAUUCCAACGCGUAUCAUAAAAUCACUAAAUGGUGAAGAAACUUUAGCAAAGAUCCGAGUAAUAUCGGGCAAAUCUGGUGACAUUACCGGUCCAGCUAAAAAUGUCGUACCAAUAAAAGCACUCGAUAUCACAAUAAAAAAGCAAGGAUUCACACUGGAAGAAGAUAUUCCAUCUAAUUAUAAUAUGUUUGCUUUUGUCUUGGAAGGAAGAGGAACAUUUGGAUUCAAUGAGCAAAUACUCGGAGGUGGCAAUGUUUUGAUUAGCCCUCCGGUCUUGGAUGACGAGAAUACUGCUUCAGUACUACCUAUACGAAACGAUUCUGAAGAGGAUUUGAGGGUUUUUUUGUUUUCUGGCAAACAGAUCAAAGAACCAGUGGUUCAACAUGGCCCAUUUGUAGGCAAUGAAUGGGGUGAUAUACUGAAAGCAAAGCAGGAUUUCGUUUUAGGAAAAUUCGCUGGUCUUUAG